AUGUCCACACAACAAAGCACCAAUAACUCACCAGCACCAGCCGUACUAUCUGGAUCUGACUUGAUGAAGGAAGCUGCCCGGAUCAAAGAAUUCCAUGGUACGAAAGACUAUGAUCUAUCAUCUUUUAUAAGAGAAGUGGAGCUGAUAUUGCCAUUAUUCCAAGAGAAUGCCAUCCUACAGCAGUUUGUAUUCGAGAGCCCGGCUACUGGUACACCAGCAAGAGACGAUACGUAUGAUGUUGGUCCAACCAAUGGGCCGACUAUGGGUCCGCCUAUGGGCCGAGUGACAUUUCUGAAGAUGAAAUCGAAAGCUAUACUUAAUCGCCUUGAAAGUAUAGCCACCGACUUGGAUCCUGAUAAUCUGCACAGUAAGGAUGAAUAUGCUCUCAACGCAAUACUGGAAUUAUUGGUGGAGCUGAAAUCCAGUUUUUCGGUCACCCACACAAGUUUGGAGGAACUGGACUUCGAGUCGAUUACCAGUGACCUACCUGCCAAAUUCGAUACCACGCUAGUCAAUCUCAGAGCCACUCUGCAACGGGAGAUCGGGAAGCGCAGUACUUCACAACAUUGCUCAACUUUUCGGAUGAACACCGCGGACACACAGUCUAUAAUUGUAAACGCAAAUCGUUCGCGUGUGCCACUGCUAACGUUGCCCAAAUUUAGUGGGGCUUACACUGAGUGGACAAAUUUUUACGCAAUGUUCACAUCUGUAAUCGACAAAGACAGUGAACUGACACAAGUGGACAAGCUUCAACAUUUGCGGUCUUGCCUUAGUGGUGCUGCCCUGGACACCGUGGGAUCACUCGAGAUUAACGACAUUAACUACAAAAUUGCAUUAGAACUUUUACAAAAACGAUUUGAUAAUAAACGUCUUAUCUUUCAGGCACACAUCAGGGGAAUAUUUGAGUUGGACAAGGUGGAUUCGUCCGUACACACGUUGCGGGCAUUGACAGACAAGGCAAUCGCGCAUAUGCGCGCUCUACAAUCUAUCGGCUCAAAAGAACAAAUAUCCGAUAGCAUCCUCAUUCAGUUGAUAGUGCAAAGGUUAGACAAGGUGACUCAAGCUAAAUGGGAGGAGAAUUCGACAAGCAACGACCUACCCUCUUGGAACCAACUAGCUGGAUUCUUAGAAAAACGCUGUCGUACACUCGAAAACGUCGAAUAUGCAUUGCAGACACAAGCUAGCAUUCCGGUAAAAGUCCUCAAAAGCGUGAGUACAAAUCCAAGAAAAUCUUUUGUUGCUUCGAAUAGCUCAGUAGGUAGUUGCGUAUUUUGCGAAUCCCCCGAACAUGUAAUUUACCGUUGUCAACGCUACGUCAAUUUGUCGCCAAAUCUACGCCAGAAAGAAGCUAAAAGGCUCAACCUAUGUCUUAAUUGUUUGAAGAAAGGUCAUCAGAUUCGGGACUGCAAAUCGGGACCAUGUCGCAGCUGUCAAGCGAAGCAUCAUACACUGUUACAUUUUGAUCGGUUAUCCAUUUCACCAACUGCUCAGUGCCAAGCACCUUGCACUACUUCUGAAUCGAAUGCUAGGACUGCAUCAUUAUCUGUCACGUCCCAUGCUCAUACUCCUUCUCCUGAUGUUGUGCUCCUCGCCACUGCAAUUGUUCUAAGUAAAAAUGGUGCUGGAACCUUCGUACCUUGCCGCGCCCUCCUAGAUUCGGGUUCGCAGCUUCACUUCGUUACAACUCGUUUCGCUAACCAGCUACAACUUACUAGGACGAAAUCAUUGGUCGCAGUCUCCGGCAUUGGAGAUGCAAGCUUUUCGACUGAUGGGUGCUCCGUUGAUAUAGUUCUGAAGUCGCGGACUUCAGAUUUUUGUACAAAUAUGACUGCUGUUGUGGUGAAAACAAUUACCGAUAGUCAACCAGUCGCUUCAAUAAACUUCGCUAAUUGGAACAUACCCUCAAACAUUCAACUAGCUGAUCCUGGUUUUAACGUGCCCCAGCGUAUUGAUCUGCUCAUCGGAGCAGGACUUUUCUAUGAGCUACUUUGCGUAGGACAGAUUCAAUUAGCACCUGAAAUACCAUUACUUCAAAAAACUCGCCUUGGUUGGGUUCUGUCUGGCGGUAAGCAACAGGCCCCCAAACUUUCAACAUUCGUAGCAAGUCACAGCUCAACUACAGAUAUCAAUAUUGAUGAUCGGCUGGAUGAUUUAGUCCGGCAGUUUUGGGAGAUCGAUCAUGUCGUUGAACCGAUUUCCAAAAAUUCUAAAGAGGAGCUUGACUGUGAGUUGCAUUUCAAGCAAAAUUUCAUUCGUUUAGCCUCAGGCGCAUAUUCGGUUCGCCUGCCAACAAAGCUAAAUUUAGAUUCGUUAGGUGAGUCGUACUCACAAGCUCGACGCCGAUUUCAAAACCUAGAAAGAAAACUCGUACGUAAUCCUGAGCUCAAGGCAAAAUAUUGUGCAUUCAUGAAAGAGUAUCGUGACCUCAAUCACAUGUCGUUAGUUCCAAACUCUGCUAUCCAUGAGUGCAAAUAUUUUCUGCCGCAUCAUUGCGUCAUUAAAGACGAAAGUACUACAACAAAAUUAAGAGUUGUUUUUGACGGUUCUGCAGCUACAACCUCGGGUUUAUCACUUAAUGAUUUACUCAUGACUGGUCCAACAAUUCAGCCCAAACUUUUCAAUAUUUUGAUUCGUUUUCGUACGUUUCCGAUUGCACUCACUGGAGACAUCUGCAAAAUGUAUAGAUGUGUCCGGAUCUACCCACCGGAUAGCAUGCUCCAGUGUAUAUUGUGGCGUGAUUCUCCUGAAGAUGACUUAAAUAUAUAUAAAUUAGACACUGUAACAUAUGGAACUAAAUCUGCAGCAUUCCUAGCGAUUCGUUCAAUGCACCAACUUGCGUCGGAUGAAUCCUCAGUUUAUCCACUUGGUUCGCAAACCAUCAUUCGAGAUUUUUACGUGGAUGACUUGAUAAGUGGUGGCGAUACUUUGGAAGAAGUAGAAGAAAUCAAACGACAAACAACGAAUAUUCUCGCUCGAGGUAACUUCCAGCUAAGAAAAUGGUGUUCCAAUAGUCCAGAUGUUCUUCGUAAUAUUCCUGAUACUGAUAAACAAGACUUGCUUAAGUUUAAUGACGGCAGCGACAUCACCAAGGCAUUGGGCUUGAUCUGGAAGCCGUUUGAUGACAAUCUGCUAUUUUCGUUUAAGUCGCAACCUGAAUCUUGCAAGAAUUCCAAGCGAUCGGCGUUAUCUACGUUAGCUCGUUGUUAUGAUCCGCUUGGACUCAUUGGCCCCACUUUGACCAGAGGAAAAAUUCUUUUACAGCGCAUGUGGAGGGAUAAGCUGGAGUGGGAUGAAAGCUUACCGCACUCACUGAACACUGCUUGGUCUACAUUUCGUAACGAGUUCGUCGAAGUGCAGCAUUUAUCAUUCCCUCGGUACGUACUGCAGCCUGGAGCCACCGUCGAAAUUCAUGCAUUUUGUGAUGCAAGUAUCGAAGCGUAUGGUGCCUGUAUCUACAUUCGUUCGAUAAUGGAUGACCGCGCGCAAGUGCAUCUACUGUGUUCCAAGGCUCGCGUGGCUCCAUUAAAGAUACUUACGAUACCCAAACUGGAACUCUGCGCUGCUGCCUUGCUUGCGGAAUUAGUAAAUGGGAUAUUCAAAAUGAAACUUUUCGCCGGCCGCUUUCACUGUUGGUCGGAUUCAUCGAUUGUGCUUUCAUGGCUGCGUGAAGAGCCAUCUAAAUUUAAUGUGUUUGUUGCUAACCGGAAUUAA